AUGGAAGAAAUUUGGUCUAAAAGUACAUAUGAAUCCAUUUUUGUUACUGCAGAUGGUAAAUCCUAUACCACUCUCUGUUACAAAUUAGGAACAUCAUGUCGUGUGACUGGUCUAUUAGAAUUAUGGAGUUACGAUGAAUCAAGUAUCAGAUCUUUAACUAGAGAUCAGAUAUUGACGACAGUUAAUACAACAAAUAAAAGUCCUGUAUUUGGUACAGAUCUUGAUGUUAAAAACUAUCUUGGUGGAUUCAUACGACGCAAUGGGAAUGGUAUGAUUAUAGGAGCAGAGGCUACACAGAUGUUAUGGCUGCUUAAACCAAGUGUGGCAGCUAAAGAAUGGGAAGCCAAGGUCAUAGAAAGAGCACUUCAAGGUCAUAAAGAUUUAAAGAAUGUUUAUGUUUAUGCUUCAAGAAGUUUUCAGGACGAAGGAUAUGGUGCUAUAAAUAGCGACAUUAAACUUCUCUCCGCUGGUUUCAGUAUCGUAUUUGUUUUUGUGAUGAUCUCAUUGGGUAAUUUUAAUAUGGUGGAACAAAGGAUAAUUGUGUCUCUACUGGGUUUAGGAAGCGUUGGACUUGCUAUAUUAUUUGCAUAUGGUAUUGCUACAUUUUUAGAUGUUAUUUACGGUCCUAUUCAAUCCAUCAUGCCAUUUUUAUUAUUAGGUAUUGGAGUGGAUGACAUGUUUGUUAUUGUAGAAGCAUGGAGGAAUCUAUCACCUAAUGAAUUAAAACUACCGUUACCAGAACGUAUUGGUACCGUGUUGAAACAUGCUGGUGUAUCAGUUACUGUAACAUCUAUAACAGAUGUAGUGGCUUUUGGUAUUGGUGCUUCAACGGUCAUUCCAGCUUUAAGCGCCUUUUGUAUCUAUGCAGCUCUGGGAAUAUUUGCUUUAUACAUUUUACAGUCUACGUUUUUUGUGGCAUGUUUAGCAAUUGAUGCGAGGCGUCGUCAGGCACAUCGUAAUGCCUGUAUAUGUUGUUAUAAACAUCAAAACUAUAAACCUAACAGCUGUAGUCAAAAGGCUUUUCUUCCAGUUUUCUUUGAAAAAUACUUUGGACCUUUUUUAAUGAAGUUACCAGUAAAGAUUAUAGUCAUGUUAAUAGUAGCUAUAUUAGUUGGGGUUAAUUUAUGGCGAUUUAUUUUAUUAAAACAAGAUUUUAAUUUAACGAACUAUAUUCCGUCAGAUUCAUACGCCUAUGAUUAUGCAAAGGCUAAAGAGAGAUACUUUGUUAAUGAAGGAACAGACACAGCAGUUUAUUGUGGAGAUAUAAAUUAUUUUGAUCAUAUACGUAAACUAGACGUAGUACAUCAUCUGAUAGAAUCUGAUACUUAUAUACAAGAUGGUACAUUAAUUAGCUGGUUUAAAUCCUUUCAACAAUAUCAAACAGCUACAGGGGUUCCAAUUACAACAGAAGCUGAGUUUAAUUCUGCUGUCUUCCAGUUUACAAAAACAGCUGGUCAAAAUCUUAAAACAUUUAUUAAAUUUAACUCGACAAGGGAACCUGUAAGAAUAAUAUCAUCAUAUUUUACUAUGAAACAUACAUUACAACCAGAUUCAGCUGGUGAAAUAGAUGCCAUGCAAUCAUUACGAUCUAUUAUAGAUAACGGCAUGUUUCCGUUAUACAAUAGACCCGAUCAACCAACCUAUAAAUGUUUUUCUUACUCUAGGAAUUAUCUUACGUAUGAAACUAAUAAAGUAUUAUUAAAUGAGUUGUAUCGUAAUCUGGGUUUAGCAGGUGCUUGUGUUCUGGUAGUAACUUUAAUACUUAUAGCUAAUUUAUGGACAAGUUUACUCGUAUUUUCCUGUGUUGUCUUUACAUUGAUUUGUGUAGCAGGUACUCUGGAGUUAUGGGGUGUAACAAUUGAUACAGCUAGUUCCGUAUUGAUGAUAUUAUCCGUUGGUCUAGCUGUAGAUUACUCUGCUCAUGUUGGUCAUACGUUUAUGACAAUAUCUGGAAACAGACAAGAAAGAUCUCUAAAGACAUUAAAGAGUAUAGGACCUGCUGUAUUUAAUGGUGGUUUUAGUACAUUCCUAGCUUUUGUUCUACUGUCUACAAGUACUAGUUACGGUUUCUCGCUAUUCUUCAGGGUAUUUUUUAGUGUUGUUGUGUUUGGAUUGUUUCAUGGUUUAUGUUAUCUCCCUGUAGUAUUAAGUUGGGUUGGACCUGCUCCGUAUGAUAGUGCCUUACCCACAAAAUCACAAGAUGUUGAGAUCAAUACUUCAUCAAAAAACAUUUCAAACGGAAAUUCUCAGCCUCUUGAUGGAGAUUUUAUUUCUUCUUCUCUCAUUCAAACUAACAAGGAGAGAAAAAGUCAAGUAUCUCCAAUUGAAGAUGUAGACAUAAGUAAUAAUGGGCAUCCAGCUGAUAUUGCACCACCAGAUCAAGGUGAUCCUCCAAGUGUAUGAUAUUGCUCGGCAACCAUUUACAACUAGUAAUACUGUUCCAAGGCAGCAAUGUACAACUAGUGAUACUAUUGCUAGGCAACAAUGUACAACCAGUAAUACUAUUGCUAGGUAACAAUCUACAACUAGUAAUACUAUUGCUAGGCAACAAUGUACAACCAAUAAUACUAUUGCUAGGCAACAAUGUACAACCAGUAAGACUAUUGCUAGGCAAAAAUGUCAAGUCGGGGAUGUUAUUUUUAUUGCUGUUCCAUAUUUGUGUGGCAAUUUAUGGAGACAAAUAAAAGGAGAAAUAUAAUUACUCUGCUGUUAAAAAGCAUUUCUUUAGUGAUAUUUUUUUAUAUAUAAAUAUUAGUAUUUCAACAAGACUGGUAUAUAUCUGUUUGCAGAUCUAGAAAUAAAGGAUACAGUAUGAUUUCAAAUAUUAGACAUUUUUCGAAAAAAGGGGUUUCAAACCAGCAUCAUUGUCAGAUAAUUUCUACAUUAUUUAUUAUUUCUUUAUUCAUCUGUAUGUUGUACAACUUACAAAUGAGUAAGUUUACUCAGACGCCUUGUUGGGAUUCGUUUAAAUUGAAUUUAAGUUAGACGCACAUAAAAGUUUAGGUGUAACAUGAUAACACAUGUAGAUCUGAAUUUUACAUAACGUUAACAUACCAUCAUCAGCAGCUCUUUUAAAGAAUUUUUGAAUAUUUUUUAUUGUUGACAGCAGAGCCAUAUCUACAGAGAAUCUUGUCUGGACCCCCGUGAUCAUGGUCGCCAUAUUUUUACUCAAUAUGUAAGGUUAGAAACAAAACAACUAUAGUUUAAUGAGUGUCAGUGAUAAGAAAGGAAAAUGUACAGAACUAUUGAAUUAGAAACAAACGCCAUUUUGUAACCCUUUCUACAUUGCCAUGAUCGUUAGCCAGACUAUCUGUUUGCUUUGUGGGGGGUUGGAUGGCCGAAUGGUUAGCACGCGCGCGCUGUAUCAUAAGGCCUGUCAUUGAGUCAACUGGCGUGGUUUCGAAUCCCCAGUUGUACGUGACAAAGAGUAGGGUCGCCUGUCCAACUUCGUGGGUUUUCUCCGGGUCCUCCGGUUUCCUCCCACUGCUAAACACCCCUACGCGCAAGCGAAUUAAUGAAAUAAAAUUAACCAUAUGUUAGUCCAGAAAUGACCUAGUUUGUGUCGAGUGGACGUUAAAACCCAUUUCUCUCUCUCUCUCUCUGUUUGCUUUGUAAGACUAAUAUUAAAAAGCUGAAUGUUUCGAAUGCAAAUUCCCUGUUUAUGUGGGGAAUUGGAUGGCCGAAUGGUUAGCGCGUGUGUGCUGCAUCAUAAGGUCUGUCAUUGAGUCAACUGGCGUGGUUUCGAUUCCCUGGUUGUACGUGACAAGGAGUAUGGUCGCCUGUCCAACCUCGUGGGUUUUCUCCGGGUCUUUCGGUUUCCUCUCCCACUGCUAAAGAUCCCUAAGCACAAAAAAUUGUUGAAAUGAAAUUGAAACAUAUGUUAGUCCCGAAAUGACCUUGUUUGUGUCGAGUGGACGUUAAAUCAAAUUUUCUCACUGUGUGUUUUCAACGUUAUUUAUUUAUUUAUUUGUUCAUUUGUCCCUUUUUAAAGCUGCUGAUCGUCAUUUGCAUUUUUGGACUAAACAAAAUUUUCAUGGUUUAAAGAUGCAUUCCCACAAAAUAUUUAUCGGGAAGUUAUUUCUAAUAAAGUUAUAGCAAUUUUCGUCUAUAUGUAAAUUAGUGACACCCAAUCUUACUGGGGAAAAACUUGAACUCCCUGAAAAACAGCCAUGGGGAAGCACAAGACCAACAUGUGGGAUUAUUGGUCGCAUCGAUUUGUGAGAAGUCAAAAGCAACAAAUGACCACUUUUAGAUUUAUGUGUCAUUAUACCCUCACAUUGAAAUUCAGCCGAAGAAGACUAUUGAAUUUCAACGAUUUCCGAUAAUUAUUGUCUGUGUUAUCGCACUUUAGUCAAUAUGCAAAAUCUUGUUGACGUUUUAGAGACUAAAGUCAUCAUCCGAAUUACUUAAAAUUAUACCCUCACAUUGAAAUUCAGCCGAAGAAGACUAUUGAAUUUCAACGAUUUCCGAUAAUUAUUGUCUGUGUUAUCGCCCUUUAGUCAAUAUGCAAAAUCUUGUUGACGUUUUAGAGACUAAAGUCAUCAUCCGAAUUACUUAAAAUUUAAACAGAGUGUUAAAGGAGAAGAAACCUAUUUUCAGCGAUUUCCAAUAAUAAGAACAGCUAAAUUUAUCAUCUUAUUACCGGGACAUCUUUUGUACAAUAAAUGUUAGCAUCGGGAAUAACUAGAAGUCAUCAAAUUUUAAUGAUUUUUGAUAAUUACUUCAUGGGUUGUUGCCAAUGAUCAGUUUUUAGUGUCUUGUGUAUGCUCCCAUUACAUACAAAAGAAAAAUGUACAGGACAACCCAUGCGGACUGUGCGGGUGACCUAGCUGCUUUUCAACUCGACGUUUUGUCACUUCUCUGCAGGUAGGGUGGGUCUAUCAUUCAGAUUGCGUUUUGUAGUGAUGGCCUUCAGAUUUGAUUUCCCAAUAUUAUAUUUUGUUCAAGUGUCAGUAAUUUAUAUUUAUGUAUUUUGUAAAAACUAUUUUUGAAUAUUUAUUAGUAAUCUUUGUUAUUUAUACUAUUGUUAUUUUUGUGAUAUAUUGUGAUUGAUAAUAUAGUUAGCCGGAUAAAAUUUAAAAACAAUUAAAUUAUUUGAAUUUUAUGCAACAAAAUUUGAUUUUUUUAUGAUAAAAUUUGAUUUUAUGUGAUACAAUUUGAUUUUUACGCGAUAAAAUCUGAUUUUACGCGAUAAAAUCUGAUUUUACGCGAUAAAAUCUGAUUUUUACGCGAUAAAAUCUGAUUUUUACGCGAUAAAAUCUGAUUUUGAUGCGUUAAAAUCUGAUUUUUACGCGAUAAAAUCUGAUUUUGAUGCGGUAAAAUCUGAUUUUUAUGAAGGUUAUUUUAAAUGUAAGUGAUUACCGAUUUGCAUUAAUUAUGUAGAUAUAUUUUAACACCUUGAAGUGACUGUCGACUGUCCAGGUUUAUUGAAGAAUCGGUUAUUAUCUGUUAAAAUUAAGUUUAAUACGUAGACGCAUUCCGUUUUAGAUUAUAUAAAGUAGUUAUAAAACUUGGUGAACUUUCUAAAUGACAAGUGAUAUCAGAUGUUCUAGAAAGGGUACGCAUAUCUUGCCUCGUGUACGAGAUUUUUUUAUAUACAUGUAUAAGUUAUAGUCAUUUAUUAUACAAUUGGGGUAUAUAGAAAGUAUAUUUUGUUUUUUAGUUUUAUAUUGUUAUUAUUACAGAAUGAUGUUAUCAUGAAUAAUAUUUUAUUUAUACCAGCCUGUCGAUCCUUCAAGGAGGUGCAUCAGGUCCAGAUUAAAGGGGACUGUACUGGGCUGCAGCUAGGGGACCCUAAUAUUAAAGGGACCUUCAAAUUAGUUCUAAAAAAUGGCAUUUUGAAUGAAUUAAUGUCAUUGAUUAAAUUGUAUGGUAUUUUGAAUGAAUUAAUGUCAUUUAUUAAAUUGUAUAUGUCUGUGCCAAAUAAAUCUAUCUACCUAUCAUACUGACCUAUAAAUUGCUUCUGUUUG